UAUCAAACGCAUCAUUUCAGUGAUUUCAUAGCCUACACUCUCUCUCUCUCUAUGAUCUAGAUUAGAAACCCCCAAAAAUGGGUAAAAAAUCGGUGUUACAAAAGGGCAAAGAAAAAGUCACCGACGGCACCGACGGCAAAGCUUCAUCGGCCGCCGGAAAACGGAAACGUAACUCCGGCGAUGAUUACGAUGAGGAUAAAACCGGUGGCCGGAAAAGAGAUCGAAGUGUACUUCAGUUUUUUGACGACGUUGCUUACGAGGUCGACGACGAUGACGACGACGAUGAUGAUGAUUUUUAUUUCAGUGACGACUCCGAUUUCUUCGAUGAAGAUUUGCUUAAUGAGGAAUUUGGAAGUAAUACUGAAAUCAAGAAUGAACCUGCGAGAACACCCCAACCCCCAGGGAUCAAAGAGGAGGAAAUGGAUGGAGAAGAGCUAGAGCGAAUGUUAAGGGAGCGUUAUAAACCAGGUUCUAGUUUUGUUACCUAUGCAGAGGAUAAUGAUGAGAGGAAGAGACAAUCUGAGCAGGACGCACCUGUGCCUUCUCUCAAGGAUCCAACUAUAUGGAAAGUUAAAUGCACGGUUGGAAGAGAAAGGCACUCGGCUUUCUGUCUUAUGCAGAAGUACAUCGACUUGCUUGCUUUAGGAACAAAGAUGCAGAUAAUAUCUGCGUUUGCACUUGAUCAUGUGAAGGGAUUUAUUUAUAUUGAGUCUGACAGACAAUGUGAUGUUUACGAGGCAUGUAAAGGGCUUUGUAGUAUAUAUUCAACUAGAGUGACAGCUGUUCCAUUGAAUGAAGUUUCUCAUUUGAUUGCUGUCCGAAAGAAGUCUUCUGGGAUUUCUGAGGGCAUGUGGGCACGCGUCAAAAGUGGAACAUACAAGGGCGAUCUAGCACAGGUUGUGUCAGUGAAUGAUGCGCGGAAGAAAGUGACGGUGAAGCUAAUUCCAAGAGUAGACUUACAAGCCAUUGCUGAUAAAUUUGGUGGAGGAGUUGCUGCCAAGAAGGGAGUGGGAGGAGUUAUUCCAGCACCGAGACUGAUUAGCUCUACAGAGCUCGAAGACUUUCGGCCUCUCAUCCAAUACCGGAAGGAUCGGGAGACAAACUUAAUGUUUGAAAUUCUUGACGGAAAGCUGCUGAAGGAUGGUUAUUUAUACAAAAAAGUGGGGAUUGAUUCAUUGAGCUAUUGGGGUGUGAUGCCUACUGAAGCUGAACUCCUGAAGUUUGAACCUUCUAGUACUGAUGAACCCCAGGAUGUAGACUGGCUUACCCAGCUUUACGGUGAUCGGAGAAAAAAGAGAAUCACAAAUGAUUUCAAGGUUGGUCAGAAAGGAGGUGAGAAAGGAGAGAGUUCUUCAAGCUCUAGCGUGGAAAACAAUUUUGAAGUAGAUGAUCUUGUAUUUUUUGGUAGGAAUGAUUUUGGCAUUAUUAUUGGCAAGGAGAAAGAUGAUGGCUUUAAGGUCAUGAAAUAUGGAUCAGAGAGACCUGUGGUAGUGAGCAGUCAACCACGUGAUUUGAAGCGUGCAUCUUUUGAUAAGAAGCUAUUCACUGUGAAAGACCAGCUAAGUAAUGCCAUUUCAGUCGGUGAUGUGGUUAGAGUUUUGGAUGGUUCCUUGAAGGAUAGACAAGGAACUGUGAAGCAGAUCUACAGAGGUGUUGUCUUUCUAUAUGACCAAAGCGAACAGGAUAAUAAUGGAUAUCUUUGUGUCAAAGGUCAGAUGUGUGAAAGAAUUACAAGCAGUGGUGGUGUAUUGAAUGAGAAGGGAAGUGAGCCUGGUACCUCGGGUUUUGCAGAUUUCUCAUCAUCCCCUAAAUCCCCUCUUUCGCCUGAGAAAUCUUGGAGAGCGAAGGAUGAUGACAGUAGCUUCAAGCGCGAGAAUAAUAAUGACAUGUUUUCAGUUGGCCAGUCACUGAGAAUCCGUGUGGGGCCUUUGAAGGGAUAUCUUUGUCGUGUAUUAGCUGUACGACGUUCGGAUGUUACAGUAAAGCUUGAUUCCCAGCAAAAAAUUCUUACAGUCAAAUCUGAUCAUCUUGCGGAAGUUCGUGCAAAGAGCUCCGCCGUGUCUCUUGGUGUUGAUGGUGAUUCAUCAAAACCUUUUGACCUGCUUGGAACACAAGAUGGCUCUGGAGAUUGGAUGGUUCAAGGGGCUACAACCACCGAUGGUAACACCGGGAAUGCAUCAUGGGGUGCAUCUGGAGGUAGUGAUGGUUGGGGGAAAGCUACUUCUACUGCUGGUGCCACUAGUGGUGCGUCCGAUGGCUGGGGCAAAAAGGUUGAAUCACAUCAAGAGAACACUGGCUCUGGAGAAGAUGAUGGUUGGGCGAAAGCUGCUUCUACUGCUGGUGCUACUAGUGGUGCGUCUGAUGGCUGGGGAAAAAAGGUUGAAUCACAUCAAGAGAACACUGGCUCUGGGCAAGAUGAUGGUUGGGGGAAAGCUGCUUCUACUGCUGGUGUCACUAGUGGUGCGUCUGAUGGCUGGGGCAAAAAGGUUGAAUCACAUCAAGAAACCUCGUGGGGCAAGCAGGAUGGUGGAUCUUCUCGGGGAAAGCAAUCUGAUGCAAAGACUGACUGGAAUAAACAAGAUGGUGGUUCGGACAAGACAGAUAGCAAAACCUCGUGGAGUCAGCAGGGAGCCGGAUCUUCUUGGGAUAAAAAUGAUGGUGGCUCUUCUUUGAGUAAGCAAGCGGGUGGAUCUUCUUGGGGUAAGCAAUCUGAUGCAAAUGCAGAAACUGGAUGGAAAAAGCAAGAUGGUGGAUCAAAUCAGACAGAUAGCAAAACCUCGUGGAGCCAGCAGGAUGCUGGAUCUUCUUGGAAGAAGAAUGAAGGUGAAGGUGGAUCCUCUUGGGGGGUUAAGCAAUCAGAUACGAAGGCAGAGAACGACUGGAAAAAGCAAGAUGGUGGAUCUAGCUGGAGCAAGGCUGACGACAGCAAAACCUCUUGGAGCAAGCCAAAUGAUGGUACUUCAUGGAAUAAAAAGGAUGAUGUAUCUUUCACCAAGCAAGCUGGAGUUACGUUAUGGGACAAAGGAAGUGGUGGAUCAGCUUGGAAUAAGAAAGAAGCUGGGUCUGGUGGGGGCGAAGAUAGUGGAUCUACUUGGGGCAAACAGGAUGGUGGGUCUUCUUGGGGUAAACAAGCUGCAGGGGGUUCAUCUUGGGGUAAGCCGGUGGAUCAAACCACCGAGGAGUCAAAAGGGUCUGAUCAAAAUGAAAGUUGGAAAAAGCCAAGUGGUACGUUUGGUGGUUGGAAAGGUGAGAGUGGGAACAAUGGUGGUGGUACAGACCAAGAAGGGAGCUGGGGAAGGCCAAGAGAAUUUGAUGGAGGUCGUGGAUCAGGUGGCAGGAGAGGACGAGGUGGUUGGCGAGGAGGUCGAGAUGAAAGUGGUCGAGGAAGAUCCUUUAAUCAAGGACGAUCUGGCAGCUGGACUAAUGAUGGUGAAGAUAAUAAUAAUUCUAAUAAUGUAGCAUUUAAGGGGAAUCAGUCUAGUUGGAAUAAUUCGCAAGAACAUGGUUGGGGAAAAUCCACAUCAUUUGAGGGAAGCCAGAAAGCAGAUAGUUGGAGCCAGCAAGUGGCAUCUAGUAAGGAAGAUCUCUCUGGACAAAACCAAGGAUCAAAUGCUGGAUGGUCUUCUGGUUGGAAUAAAAAUUCAGCCACAAAGGAGGUAGGAGGUUCUAGUGGAAACCAGUCUGAUUGGAACAAUAAAUCUGCUGAAGUGAGUGGAGCGGGUGGUUGGGAUAACAAGAUUACCCAGAAAGAGUCAGAAGGGAGCUCCUCUGCGUGGAAUAGCAAAUCUGCAGCAGUUGAACAAGAUGGAAGUGGAAAAAGUCAAAAUGAUCCAUGGAGUAGUAAAAGAACUUCUGAUGGAGGUUCAGCUACAGGAUGGGGUCAAAGUAAUUCGUGGAAGAGUGGAACAAAUGAUGCUGGUGGAACUCAAGAUUCUUGGAGCAGCAAAAGUAACUGGAGUUCUGGAAGUGGCGUUGGUAGCAACAAUGAGCAAUCUGAUUCUUACAGUGACAGGGGGAGAGGUGGUAGUUGGAGGGGAGGCCGUGGUGGAUCAGAUAGGGGUGGAUAUGGAGGUAGGGGUGGUUCAGAUGGUGGUGGCUUUGGAGGUAGGGGUGGUUCAGAUGGUGGUAGUUUUGGAGGCCGGGGAGGUUUUCGAGGUAGAGGGGACAGAGGAGGUUUUAGAGGUAGAGGAUCAGACGGUGGAGGAUUUCGUGGCAGGGGAUCAGAUGGAGGAGGAUAUCGUGGUAGAGGAUCAGACGGUGGAGGAUUUCGUGGCAGAGGGCAUGGAAGGAGGGAUGAAAGUGGUGAAUGGCAGAAUAGAACUGAUUCGCAUGAAGAUAAACCCUACAGUUGGAGCAAAGGCGCAGGCAGUGAUGCUGAUGGAUGGAAAUCUAAUAAGAGCAAUUGGAGUCAAGAUAACACUGACAAAGGGAGCUGGAAGACAGGAUUUGAUUCCGAAAAGAAUGCGAGUGGAAGCGGUGCUAGUACCACCAGUUGGAACACUCAAGGAAGUAGUUGGAAAACAGCAGGUACUGCUACAGGAGGUAAUGCUGAUGAUGGUGGGUGGAAGAAAGGAUUCGACUCCGAAAAGAGUGCGAGUGGAAGUGGUGGUGUAACCACCAGUUGGAAUACUCCAGGAACUAGUUGGAAAACAUCUACCGCUACUACAGGUGGUACAUUGUCAGGGUGGGGUCAGCAGACAACUGUUAGUGAAAAGGAGGAUCAGAAUGGCAAGGGAACUAGUUGGAACCAGGGAACUGGUUCAGGAAAUGCGAGCAUAGCUUGGAAUGCAAACAAAUCCAACACUGAGGAUGUGAACAAAUCAAAAGAAACAAGUGACGGACCAAGUGAUGCAUGGGGUAAAGCAACCAGCUCUUGGGGCAAAGGAAACAGUUCUGGCAGUCAGGGAGGCUGGUGACAUCCUUGGAAGGUUAUUUUGCUUUGACGGGUCGCUUGGGCUAUCCAUGUAAUUAUUUAUGGUUUGCAAAAGAACAGGGCGCACUAUGUCUUGGGGGAAGCAUGAACUGGGUAUUUAGAUGCUGGAUGCAUCUUAAGUUAUUGCUCUUGGAUUGUAGGACGUAAACUUUUUGAAUGUUUGGAUGCUUCAUAGACUUUUCAUUCACUUUUGAGACUGAUAUUAUGUCGUGGUGCUUGCUUUCACAAUCACUCUAACAUGUAGCCAUUGGCAUAGAUUGUGUUUGGCCAAGUUAUCUUUGUUGUCUAGUUGUGUUAUUUACUUCUGUUUGAUGCUUA